CCAUUAACCCCGGCCCCGGCAACUCCCCAAGUCGAGCAACAGGCCAAACCCCCAGCCGCCGGAAGCCGCUACCGCUAGCACCUCCGAUCGAGUCGGCGCCAUGGAAGACGUCAUCACCGACGUGCCGCCGCCUUCCCGCUUUUCCCCUGACGACCUCGACAACUUCGCCGCUCCGCCAGCGCAGCCCACCCCCAUCUUCGUCGUUUCCCCGAACCCUAGCCCACCGGCCCCGCGCCUCCUCGUCGUAUUCAUCUCCCCCACCUCCCUCGCGCUCCUCGCCUCCCCGCCGCCGCUCCUCGCCUCCCUGCUCCUCCCGGACCUGCCCCUACUCCCGCACGCGCCCAUGCGCGUGUACCUCCACCCCUCCGGCGCGCUCCUCGCCGCGGCGCACGGCGCCUUCCCCGCCCACCGCGCGCGCGCCGCCGCGAAGGCUCUUGUCUCCAGGCUCCAGCCGGAGGAGGUGCUGGUUUUGGACGCGGUCCGGAGCGGGACGUACCGGGGCCGCCUCGCCGCGGACGAGCCCGUGGAAGGGAAGUUGGAGACCCGCGCGGCGCGCGCGCGGGGAGGCGUGGGGGCUGCCAAGGCAGUCCAGGCUCUGGUCCCACCCGGCAGCGUGGUGGACGGGCUCGGCGCCGCCGUGCUCGCGGAGUGCGAGAUCCGGGGCAAGGCGGCCAGCAUGGUGGUGACGUGGCCGGCGGACUCCAGGCCCGCGGAGUUCGGGGUCAUGCGGCGCGUGGCGGCGGAGCUCGGCGUCGACACCGGCAAGGCCGCGGCCAGGGUCUCCGGCCGGCCCGACCUGGAUUCCUUGUACACUUGAGAUUUCUCUGUUACUGCUGCUGAAUUGCUGAUUUCGUUGGCUGUGGCGUUGGGUUGUCUGAUGAGUGAGUGUUUUGUUGGUUUGAGACAAUUUGGGGUCAAAUCUGGUCUGACGGACGAGUUGGUUUGCGUGAUUUCAUAUAUGAACAAAUUCUGAUCUCAGUUGUGUCGUUACUGCUGUAAUGAUCACUGAUUGAAUGGAUUGCCUUCCUCAGAA